GCUCGUGAGCCUCGCCAUCACAAUUUAUACGACCGGCUUCAAUAUCAAACUUUAAUAUUAAGCUUUCUCACUAAAUCACUGUGCAGUGUUAAUUUGUUUUUCAACCGAAAAUGAUUGAUAUAAAGUGAUUAUGUGCUGAUGAUAUAUAAAAAUGCUACGGAACUUUGGCGAAUUUUGAGAAAAUAUAUAUUUGUGGAACGUUGUGCAGCUAAAGAGGCUGUUGUUGGAGAGUGGUUGCGGAGGGCGCGUCGCGGAGCAUGGCGCGGCGAUGACGCAGCGCGCAGCGCGCGGCAUGCCCUGCUGACAUGGCACGCAGCCGCUCCGCCCUCCUUACGCUGGCAACCAUCGCAGCACUCGCCGGGUGUUGUGUGUGCGCUCCGCAAGGCAGUGUGCAGGGCGGCGUGCAAGGCGGCGCGCAGGUCCCGCCCGGCGUGCCGCACUCGACCGCGCCGCCGGCCGGAGUCGGUGGCGUACGAAGAUUCAGCCAAUAUUCCAGAGGGCGAGGGUACCGCGACUGGCGCACGCGCGGCGACCCUACGCUCAUCAACUCGCUCUGGCGCAGCCGGCAGCCUCUCGGGAUCCGCAAGCAACUCGGCAACGCGGAGGUGUACAUAAUACUGGCACUAUUGAUCGGGUUCGUGACGGUGGUGGUGGGGUGCUGGCUGUCGGACAACUGCUGGUCUCCGGAGCCGGAGGACGUGCUGGCGGGCGGGUGACCCGUGGCGGCGGGCGCGUGCACGCACGUGUA